AUGAAGUUUCAAAGCACCUCUAUCGCCACAGCUCUGCUGUUUGGUCAGACUUUCGCUUUUCCUCUACCUCCUACCAACUUGGUUCGCCGGGAGGUUCCCCAGGAGCAUUCUCACGAUCUUUUCCUCACCAUUACGAAUGAAGCUCUGAAAAAGAACAACCCCAAGGGCAUCACAGAUGCCGUCUUUGGCCUGCUUGGUAAUGCAGCCGCUGCAGGUGGUGCUGGAAGUGUAACAAACUUGGACUGCCUCAAACAGGAGACAGCUGAUCAGGCUUUCACCAACGGCAAGGCUGCUAAAGAUCUUCGACUCAUGGCUGGAGCAUUGGUGUAUCAGGCCUUGGAGAGAAAUACCGGCAAAGUCGGACUUGCAAGUGUUACUUGCACUGAACAAGCUGUGAACCCAGAAAUCCAGGCCGUAAAGCCUCACCAAGACCCGGCGUCUGCCAAUGCUGCUUCCAUCAACAAAGGAAUUACUCUUGAGUUGGCGAAGCAGCUCAAGAGCAUUGGAGCAGAUCCCAAUCUCGCCCUCCUCAGCGGCACCUUUGCCCCGGGUGAUCUCAAUGAUGCCACAGCCAAGGGCAAUACUUGCGACGAUCCCGACCCCCAGCUUGGAUGUAUCUUCACGACGGGCAAGCUUGUUCUUGACGCUAGCCAGGACGAAGUCGCCUCGGCUGCUGCCGCUGUGUCUCAGACGUUUACCGGUACUGGCGGAGGCGCCACUGCUCCAACUCCUAGCAGCAAUGUUGCGGUGACAUCUCAGCCAGCUGCCCAAGCAACUUCCACACCAGCUGCUGCCCCUUCUCAGACUCAAGCCUCUAGCGGUAGUGAGCCUUCUGCUGCUAGCGGAAACAAUGUCCAGACCUUCACCGGCACACUCGGCGGCCCUCCUCCCCCUGUCAUUUCGGGCACUGGAAACCGACCAUUUUCCGUUAAUGGAAAUACCUUUGUCAACGCCGGAGCCGCUCUUGGACGAUCCUGCGAUAUCCAGCACAACGCCUGUGCCGAUGCUGCCAACUCUGGUAAGCUCUCCGGAGGAGUAGGUCAGUGUGAUGACCAGAACAACCAGUGUAAAGCGGCCGCUACAUCUGGAGCUUCCAACAGCAAUGCCGGAAACAACAACAGCAACGCUAGCAACAGAAGCAAUGCUACGGGUAAUUUCGGCUCAUGCUCCAACCCCAGCAUCAAGUUCGCCAACGGGCUUGAUGGCCGCACAGAGCCUGCCUUUGCGCCGGUCAAUGAAGCAGAUUUCAACCAUGGCUCGGCUUUGAACAUCAAGGUCAUUGCCGACUUCAUCUGCGAUCGACUAAACUCUAGCUGCAAGGCCGGUGCUGCAGUGGUUUCUACGUGCCAAAGUGCUUCUGCUGCUGCGUCUCAACUGACGGGCCAGGCUGCAGCAGAUGCCUUCAACAAGGCUCUGGGAGUU